CUUUAUGUGACCAUCAUCUCCAGCCACGUCUGCUGGCAGCUGAUAGCAACAUCCUACCUAUUUGCCUUCCUCAGUGCCAUCAUCUACACGUGGUGUGUGUUUGGAGGCUCCUUUUGUGGUCCCAACCGCAUCAACCACUUCUUCUGUGACGAAGUUCCUGUGCUGAAGCUCGUGUGCUCUGACACGCACAGCAGCGAGAUGGUCAUCUUUGCCUUUGCCACCAUCAACGCGGUGGGGAUGAGCGUGGUCAUUUUGCUCUCCUACAUCUCUAUCAUCCGCACCCUGCUGAGGAUGUGCUCAGCACAGAGCAGGGCCAGAGCCUUCCACACCUGUGCCUCCCAUUUGAUGGCUGUUUCCAUCUUCUUUGGGACAGGAUUCUUCAUGUACCUACAACCUUCUUCUAGCCAUGGGAGCCUGGAUAAAGUGGCCUCCAUCUUUUACACAAUGGUCACCCCAAUGCUCAACCCCUUCAUCUACACCCUGAGGAACAAGGAGGUGAAGGGGGCUCUGCUGAAGUGCGGGAGGAGGUUGUUCAACCACUGGCAACAUGCAAGACUUGUAUCAUGCAGGACAUGGAUACUCUACAUCAAGUGA